UCACCUUUGUCCUUUAUCCUUUAUCUCACUGAUCUUCUUUGAAAGGUUGUGAGAAUGGCGGAGGAGGUGGUUCUGCUGGAUUCCUUGGCCAGCAUGUUUGGGAUGAGAGUCAGGAUCGCUUUGGCUGAGAAGGGGAUUAAGUACGAGUACAAGGAGGAGGACUUGAGGCACAAGACCGAUCUGCUUCACAAGAUGAACCCGGUUCACAAGAAGAUCCCGGUUCUCAUCCACAACGGGAAACCGGUAUGUGAGUCCCUCAUCAUCGUUCAGUACAUAGACGAGGUCUGGAACGACAAGUCUCCGUUGCUGCCAUCUGAUCCUUACCAGAGAUCUCAUGCCAGGUUCUGGGCUGAUUUUGUUGAUCAGAAGGUGUAUGAUGCUUCGAGGAGGGUAUGGAGGACUAAAGGAGAAGAGCAGGAGGCAGCAAAGAAUGAUUUCUUUAAAAGCUUUAAGAUAUUGGAGAGAGAGCUUGGCGACAAGCCUUACUUCGGGGGAGAAACAUUUGGGUUUGUCGACAUUGCUCUCAUCACUUUCUACAGUUGGUUCUAUGUGUAUGAGACUUAUGGCAAAUUCAGCAUAGAGGCGGAGUGCCCCAAAAUUAUUGCAUGGGCUAAGAGAUGCAUGCAGAAGGAGAGUGUCGCCAACACUCUUCUUGACCAGAAGAAAGUUUAUGAUCUUUUAUGGUAGAGAUGAACGGAAGUAAGUUUGAUAAUGAUUUGCUGUUCGAAUGGCUAGCAAUUCGAAUAGGUAAUUAAUGUGAAUAUUGUGCUAUGAGCUUUACCAUGAGCAUAUUUAAGAUGAAUAGGUAAUUAAUGUGGAGCAUAUUUAAGGUA